AGCUUCAGUCUGUUGCUCAGACAGUCAGCAGCAGACACCAUGGAGGUUACAGCUCUCUGCAUAAGACUGUUGAUGACUGUGUUGGUGCUGCUGGUUGCACAAGUUCAGACAUCUGAAGCGGCUUUUCGUAUCGUUCCAAACAGACUGCAGCUCUUUGAAUAUGAGUCUGUCCAGUUUACCUGUGAGGGGUUUAAUGUCUCAUCUGGAUGGAAAGUGUGGAACAUCAAGGGAUUCAUAAAAAAAUGUUCAAAUGGCACAGUGACAACAACUGUGAGCUGCACCAUUGACUAUGCCUUUGUAUCAGACAGUGGAGAAUACUGGUGUGAAGGUGAAGGAGGAGAGAGAAGCAACACUGUCAACAUCACUGUCACUGCUGGUUCUGUGAUCCUGGAGAGUCCUGUCCUUCCAGUGAUGGAGAGAGAAGCUGUCACUCUGAGCUGCAGAAACAAAAAGACGUCCACCAACAUCACUGCAGACUUCUAUAAAGAUGGCCUCCACAUCAGGACCAGUUCCACAGGAGAGAUGACCAUCCACAAUGUUUCCAAGUCUGAUGAAGGACUCUACAAGUGCAGCAUCUCUGGAGCUGGAGAAUCAGCAGAGAGCUGGCUGACUGUCAGUACAUGCAAUAAAGGAGAAGGCAUGUUAAUCAUCUUUUAUUGUUUUUAGAAAGUUAACUCCAUG